AUGGAGGCAAACGAGGGCGCCGACGAACUUGCUGCUGGAGCCGUUGAUGAGGUGUCCAAGAUAUUCAACGAUGCCGUGGGCUCGUUCACGGCGACACUUCCAGAGGCCGAACGGAAGCACUUCGACGAGCAUCGGAAUGCGCAGUCGAUGAUCUCUUCGAUCGAGGCCAUUGCCAGUGGUCACCCAAUCCAUCGAAACCGCUUGGCCGUCGUAAGCCGCAAGUUUCAACUCUUGGCCGAUCACUUGCAGCCGUAUUUUGACGUCGUCGAAAUAUUCGUGCAGGUGAAGCCGGAGUACAUGGCUCUGAUAUGGGGCUCGAUGAAGAUGAUUUUCAAGCUGAGCUCGAACUACGUCAGCUUUCUGGAGAAGAUGGGGGACAUGUUCCAGGAUAUUUCCUCUUUACUGCCGGCAUACGAGAAGUUCGUCACCAUCUUGCAGGAAAGAGCGGCGAGUCACGACGGCUCCCACCCGAGACUGGCCAACGCGCUUGCAUUUGUCUACGUGGACAUCCUGCGCUUCUGUCAUAGUGCUUACAUGCUCUUUGCCAACAAGAAACGAAGCCUUAGAGUCAAGCUUAGUCUCAUCGGGCGCCUCCUCUGGCGACCCUUCGACGUGCAAUAUAGCGGCCUCGUGUCAAGGCUGCAACAGCACAGUAAGCUCUUUGAGGUGGAGGUUUCCCUCGCCUCUACCGAGGAGGCAAUGAGACUGUUCGCCCGUUAUGAAGAGAGCAUCAAGAACAACGAGCGGCAGCUGGUAGGGCCCGGAAAGCAAGAUUAUAGGCAAGAAGAACGAGAGAGACUGGAAGAGAAGAGCAGACUGAUCGAACGAGUUAAGACUCUUCAGGAAUGGCUCGACCCGCCACGAUGGACGAAACGAUUCGAGCAAGCGAAAUAUCUGAGGCAGCCCGGAACCGGCGAGUGGAUCCUCGACAAUGAGAUCUAUCACCGCUGGAAAAAGAUCGACGAGACUUCCGAGGCUUCCCUUGGCUCUAGGACACUGAGCAAGCCCGGCUACGGCAAGACCAUCUUGUGUUCAACGAUCAUUCAGGAUCUCGGCUCUUUCGCCAUUGACGCGGACUGCAAAGCAACCCAUCGUGGACAUUCCGUCGUGUUCUACUUCUUCGACAAGCGACGCCGAGACGCAAACAUGCCGGCUCACGCAAUCAGAGCUAUGUUGGCGCAGCUCCUUCACCUACAUCGGGAAGACGAACAGGCAAUCGAUGUCGUAUCUUUCCUCUUCACGAGACAUGCCACGGGGGAAUUUAUAGCGACGAACAAUGAGGUCUUUGCCGUGCUCGAGAUGCUUCUAGAUCACCUAAAAUUCACCUAUCUCGUGUUUGACGGCCUGGACGAAUGCUCAGACCCCCAGGGACUUUUCAAGCAACUCGAGGAGGUAGCAUCCCGAUCCAAGACAUCGGCCGUUUUACUGCUCGGACGGCCUUCCGUCCAGAUACCGUCAAGACUGAGCAAGGACUGCUUUCGAUUGGAUCUAGAAUCGGAGCAACCCCAGCAUGGCGCCGACAUGAGACGGUUCCUAAAGCCUCAACUGGAGGACCUGCAGGACGAAGAUUUGUUUCCGGAAGAACUCAACGUCGAUGAUGCAAUUAGGGAGAUCACAGGCAAGGCCAACGGAAUGUUUCUCUGGGUUCGGCUGCUGGUUGAGUACUUAAGACUUCCAUCGCUGACGACCCAUGAUCGGGUGGAUGCGAUCCGGAACCUCACUCGCCUCCAGGGGCUCGACUCUCUGUACAAAGCUAUCUUGGAUGGCCUCGCGUUUCAGUUCCCGGGGAAAGCUUUGAGGAAUGUCUGCCGCCUCUUCCAGCUGGUUGCAUACUCGCGGCGGGCUCUGGAUCUCACGGAGCUGCAGCACGCCAUUUCGAUGCCUUUCGACCGACGACAGACCCGACGCGACCUUAUCCCGAACUUUGCCAGGUCGCUCGGCUCGCUUUCUGGCUCGCUGAUCGAACUCUCGAGUGAUGGAAGGACUCAGUUCAUCCAUCUCUCGGCCCAAGAGUACUUCACUGGAGCUUCCGCUGAAGAGGGGCAGGCUGCUGCAACCUGCAAGCUCCUAACGAGUCGGUCGCUGGCGCAUCGCAACAUCGCGGCGUCCUGCCUCUCCUACAUAAUACAUACUGUCCCGGCUGACCCUCUGGGAGGAUCGACUCAGGUUGUUCCGAAUGCAGCCUUUGUCCAGCUUAAGUAUCCGUUGCUGAAAUAUUCGGUGGAGAGCUGGAACGACCACUUAGCGGACGCCUUCAAGGUAUCUCAUGGGAGGGCAGAAACGAUCACGGGCGGAGACGCAUCUUGGGAUCUGCUCUCUGAGCUCCUCAACACGUUUCUUACACGCAAACGGACCAUCACAAUGUGGAUCGAGGCGGCCUGGCUCUACGGAAAGCCUCCUGAUGUCCCUCAUCUCCCCGACCCGAACGCUCUCCAAGCGCUGUUGGAUGGAUCCGCCACAGCACUGGAGCUCUUUCUAAGCAUGCAACUUCGACUAAAUGAGUUUAGAAGAGACCUGGGGAAUCUACGUCGAUCAUGGUCAUACAUCCUGAAGAAGGAGCCUAAUGAGAUCUGGGAGCCGAGCAUCCCUGCCUUUACAAAGUCCAGCUUCUGGCUGUCUUCAACCAAAGCACAAGUUGUUAGGGUUGCUGUCUCUGAAUCGAAAUCGAAGUAUAUCAUCGUUAGAUCCCAGUUAUCGAAGGAUGGAACGCAAAUGGGCGUAGUGAAGCUGCUCCCGACACUAUCUUGGAUGUUGCAUGGGAAGAGUAGGAACGAUAUCGGUGACAGCGAUUUCGAAGACCUUGUCCACGACGCAGAUUCCGGUCACUGGAGAGUGCGCUAUGAACUCUGGUUACUUUCGAGCAACACGGUCAUCGAGGCCGUGGAGAUCACACUUCCGAGCGAUAUUAUGGAGACUUUUGUGAUAUACCCAGGCCAAGAGGACCAAUCCAGACUGACGCGGAAGGAACCGAACGAGAGAUCAGAACCGGUGGUGUCCCUGCCCCUGGAUAUCAGCGAGGAUCUACGACGAAUCGUCGUUCUUCACACGCUCAUUGCGAUCCUACAAACGGCACCUCAGACAGGGACGCAAAAUUCGAUGCCUGGGGCGUUUCCUUGCGACGAGGACCAUCUCGAUGGAGGGGAAGACCCAAGUUCUCAGUCUACCAUCAGCUAUCAGGUCUUGAACCUUACGGACACGGAGCCUACGACGAGCAUCCGCCAAGAGAUCAUCCACUUCUCCAAGGAAUUCGAGGUCUUUGAGAACUUUUAUCACAUCAAAUUCAGUCCGACCGGCGAGUACUUCGCCGUGAUUCACGAGUCGGUGUGGUGGGCCGAGAAGAACGGCGUUCGAUACGGGGUGCUCUGGCUGCUUCAGAUCUUCCGCGAUGAAAAUCACGGUGCGGACACUCCGGGGCCACCGCGGUACGCUCCCCUGACGGCUACAAGACUGUUCGCAGUUCCCGAAGUGUCGCUCCUCUCCCCAGUCAGGGGCAUCGCCUUCCAUCCUACCGCAGCCCGGCUAGCCUUUCCCCAGGUUCUCGACGGACUCCCGCAGACCUAUAUAUGGGACUUCGAAGCGCCCGUGGUCUUGAACGACGAUGACCAAGUCAACCAACACCUCAACCCCUUCCCCGUCCACGAGCCGCCCAUCAUCGACCCCGCUUUCUCCGACACUGGGACUUAUCUCUAUGGCACCAGUGCGCGCAUCGAGUUCGGCCCUGGCCCCAUCUCCGUCGCCAACCUCGAGCGCUUCGGCAGGCCGCUCAUCGUCAAAUUGCCCCCGGGCGUCAAGGCCCGCCCCAAGUUCGCAGAGGAUGGCAAGGGCAAGGGGGUCUCGCGCAUUCAGACCAACCCGGACCAGCGCCUGGUUAACUUCCAGGCCGCGGCGCUCGAGCUGGCCGGGCGCACGAAACUGCCCGUCCAGCGCGCCAAUGUCCUGGCCUUUGACACCGCCGCGGGCGGCGCCGCGGGCGGCGCCGCGGGCGUGGCGCACAUCUCGCAGCUGCAGAACCUCGAGGCCGAAGGCGCCGUGGUAUUCAACACGCUCGGGACGGACGGGCGGCUCAAGACGGAGACGCUGAGCCGGCUACCGCGGGACGCAGCGCUGUGCGUGGACGUGUCCAUCGUGCACGGCGCGGCCAACGAAGGCAAAACGCGCAUCGUACUCGACCGAGCGGCGAGGCGCGAGUACGCCCGAGGGGAUGUGGGUAACGCGACGCUUCCGGCCAUAGUAGAGCGGGAGCGGGACAGUAUCCCGACAUUUGUGACGACGGUGAGCUUGGGCAGGGGCCUGGCCGGGAUGGGUAGCAGGGGGGCGGCUUUACCUGGGACUUCAGGGCUCGAUGCUGGGGAGGCUUCGAGAUUAUGGAUCGAUGCGGAUUCGGUGGACUAGUAUAUCUUUCUUAGGUCCAUGGUGCAGGAAUUUGAGACCUGGAGUCGAACACGUCGGGAG